UGAUGGGGUAAAGGUGUGUGAGCUAACCUCAAGUGACCUUGGAGUGAGUGGUGACAGUAGAGGGACAACCAAGUACCUGCAGACCGUGUACACCUGUCAGCCAGCAGUUCACCAUGUCACGUGUGAGCACUCUUUGGCACACUUGCAGUGUGGUGCAAUGGGAAAAACAGUUGCAUAAUCAAAGCAGGGAAUUCAGAGUUUGGAGACCCCUGUGUUGGAACUUUCAACCACCUGGAGGUGGCUUAUACCUGCAACUGUAACUAGCCUGAAACAUGCUGUUGAAAAACGUGAUAGAAAAAUGUACCUAUGAUAUCUAUACUUUUUUAAAUGUGUUUUUCAGAUUCCCAAGAUCAGUCAACCUGAGGCCUCAAUGGAGUGCAAUGAACAUGCAUUGUGCAAAAUAAAAGAAAACAGUACACCCUGCACUUAAUUCUCUUUUCUAAAUAGUGACUUUUAGGAGCUUGACCUUAUAGUUAAAGUUUAUUAAAACAAAAAAAAGUCCCACUUUCUGUCACACACCUAGGUGUGCGAAAAUUUGCUCUCCGCAUUUGACUCAUCCCUUGGGGGAGCUGUGAUUAGCAGACAACCCCCCCAAUCCAACGCCUUAAUGCUGAGUGUCAAGCAGGGAGGUAUCGGGUCUCAUUUUGAAAGUCUGACACGGCCUGGGCCCUCCAGUUGCAGGGCGGACACUCUAACAACAAGGACACUGAGCUGAUUCAAGAUUCGUGUUAGUCAGGUAUUUGGUAGGUGUUGGUUUUCAGGGAAGUACAGGGACAAAAACCAAAACAAUGAGACCUUUCAAACUGUAGUAUACAUAAAGAAGUUGUGGGUCAACCUUAGGGUGUGUUUGCCCAAGUAUUCCUGGCAGAUUCUGUGGCAUUUCUUGGCAGGAAACAAAAGAAAUGUGUAAGGAAUUGUUGUGAAUGUUGUGAGGGUGUGUUGUCAACGUCUACUGUAUCAUUCUAAAGAACAGAAGCAUUGUCAUUUUGAGCCCACAGUUUUCAUGCCGCAAAAUAAAACUCCAAGUGUAAAUAGAAACCGACACUGAAACCUUGCUUGAAGCAGAUGUGAGUAAGGGAUAUUAUGUGGAGCUGUCCACGCCAGAAAUCGACCCAACAGUGAUCACAGAGGAAGUCAUCAUGGGAUACCGCCUGGUCAAAGCUAGAACAUCCCAUUGCAACGACCCUGUUCCACGAGAAUGGUCGGCCAAUGACUGGAGGAUCCCACUGAGGACAAUACUGGAGUUAAAACAUCAGCAAAGAGUAAAAUAAAAUAAAAAAUAAGAAGCAUGUAUAAAAAGAAACAAAUUUGACAGCCCAAGACCAUAAUUAACAAUAAUAAAAAGUACUUAAGAAUCAAUCAAUCCGGUCUCUGACAUGUAACAUGUUUUUAGUAAAACAAUACAUUUAUAAAUGUUUGAUAUGUAGGCAUAUAAGCUUGUUUGUUUGUCAAAGAAAAUUAAUUCAUCAUCUUUGCUUCUGGAAAAGAUUCUCUAAUUUCUUCCCCUGUGGUACGUCCACAAACAUACGGGUCCAGGGCUGGAGUUUACAUAACAUAAAAACACUAUGUAUGAUUUUUAAGGGUUUUUAUUGAAAGAGGAGGAGGGGAGGUAGGAACCAAGGUUGGGCCAGAGGAAUUAAAUAAAACUAAAACAAAAGUCUCACUGACCUAGCUACAAAAAAGGUAUCAAAACAUACAAGAGGUGGCACCAACCAACUUUCCUAGUGAGCAUAACAGAAAACAAGCUACAUGAGGUGUACAGGGUACCCUGUCUUACACAUCCACAAACCUCCCACACUCUCCAGUCUAAAGAGACGUAAACAUGCGUUUACAUUGUGAACCAGAAAGAGCUCCUCUCCCAAGUGAUCCGCAGGAGUUUAUAUGCAAGCCUGGUGUCUGGUUCUGGGGCCUGAUUAUCACAGCCUGUCAGGUCUCCACCAGGUGCCUUCACUCAGCAAAAGAAGAGGAAGGAAAAAAAAGAAAGAAAAUGAAAAACCCCUGCUUGUAACACACUGUUUUGUUCCAUAUUUCAACAGAUGUAUAAUCCUGAGUGAUAUCCCAGUUUUAUAAGGAAUUUUUCCCUUUUGUUGUGUGUCAGAGACUCACUAACAUACAAUUUUAGCCAUUGCUUUGGCACUUCUAGGAGAGAUUGGAAAAAAUCUUCCUGAAAGAACAAGCAGUUACAGUCUUGCAAUUCUGGGAAAACCCUGUCAAUGUGUUUUUCGUUAACAAAGCUUCAAUUGUGUCUGUCAGUAAUUUAUCCUCUGCUUUGUCCUUGUUUCGGAUUGUUGUUUAAGAUUCACACGUUAUCCAAUCAUGGAUUCCUGCCAGAAACUUUACACAGCAGUAUAAGUACAGAAACGUUCCUGCCAUCAGCAUCAUCAAUCUGGAUCUUCAGAAGCCAUGCUGCUCUUCAGACUCAGAACGACAAUGUUGCUUGCAGCAGUUUGCCUGUUCGUGGCAUCAGGGGUUUCCACAGAAACAGUCACAACCUGUGUUGACGCCGACAAUCCCCAUCAUCUGGAAUGCGAGAAUGGAGUGAUUAGCGUGCAGUCUGCCCUGUAUGGACGUACAAACAACGUCAUCUGCAGUGAAGGCAGGCCUCCACAGGAAUUCAACAACACAGGAUGCUCUCAAAGUGGAACUGGGAAUUUUGUCAAAAACAGAUGCAACGGAAAGAAGGUGUGUGAGAUCAGCACAAACGAUGUGAUCUCUCCUGAUCCCUGCUUUGGAACUUACAAAUAUCUACAGACUAACUUCACCUGUGUGCCUGCAAUUCACCUCAUUGCAUGCGAGCACUCUUAUGCACAUCUGAACUGCGAUCAAGGACAGGUCAUAUCUGUCAUUGGUGCCCACUAUGGACGUGAUAAUAAGGCCGUCUGCUUUGCUAGCCGACCUCCCUCUCAGGUUGAAAAUGUCUACUGCUCCAACCCCACCCAAGUUGCUCAAAGUUGUAAUGGGAAAAACAGCUGCACCAUCAAAGCAAGCAACUCUGUGUUUGGAGAUCCCUGUUAUGGAACAUUUAAAUACCUGGAGUUGUCUUAUGUUUGUGAAUAUCCUUCCAAGUUACCACCAAGCAAAAUCAUUGUCAAAGAAACUUGAAGCAAAUGACUUGAAGUAACAAAAAAGGUCAAAUAACCAACAUGAAUGUUCAUCUGCAAACUUUGUGUAACAGUAGUCUUUCCAUGACAAUUACAGUGUAACUGCUUCAAAACCUCAGUGGAAUUUGAGUAAGAAGAUCCAUUAAGUGAAUUAUUGUUUAUUUCUUUUUCUGGAUUGUUUUACAUAGAGAGUAAAAUAUGAAUGAAGAAAAAU